AAUAUUUUGUGAGGGGCAGAGAGAGAAGGCCGGUUGGGGUUGGAUCCAAAAAAGCUAGUUUUCUUUUCAACUUUCUUGCUUGCCAAACAACGUUGGCGACCUCUCUGUUCUCUGUCUCCUCCUCCCUCCUUUUCCCCCGAGAAAACGAUAGAAAGUGAAGCAACCCAAAAUAAAAAUAAGAAACAGCUAGCAGUUUGUGUGAGUGUGGUUGCAGUCUGUCUGAGCUUCAGAGCUUACACACAUUUCCUAUUGCAAUUGCAAGGACAAUGGGUUGUCGUUGCUCCAAGUUUUCGCUCUGCUGGUGGCCUUCUUCCUCCCGUCUCAAACCCAACCACCACGCCUUAUCCGAUCUCGAGAAUGGGGAGGCGGUGCCGGGUUUUAAAGAGUACAGCCUGGAGCAGCUGCGAGCGGCCACGUCCGGGUUCAGUCCGGACAACAUAGUGUCGGAGCACGGCGAGAAAGCUCCCAAUGUGGUUUACAAGGGGAAGCUCAGGGGAGAAGACCGAUGGAUCGCGGUCAAACGCUUCAACAAGUCCGCUUGGCCUGAUUCUCGCCAAUUCCUCGAAGAGGCCAAGGCCGUGGGGCAGUUGAGGAGCGAGAGACUGGCCAACUUGUUGGGUUGUUGCUGUGCCGGGGAUGAUAGGUUGCUGGUCGCCGAGUUCAUGCCUCAUGAGACCCUCUCCAAGCAUCUUUUCCACUGGGAGAACCAGCAUAUGAAAUGGCCAAUGAGGCUGAGAGUGGCCCUCUAUCUAGCUCAGGCUCUAGAAUACUGCAGUGCCAAGGGGCGAGCUCUGUAUCACGACCUCAAUGCUUACAGAGUUUUGUUUGACCAGGAUGGUAAUCCAAGGCUUUCCUGCUUUGGUCUAAUGAAGAACAGCAGGGAUGGCAAGAGUUACAGUACAAACUUGGCCUUCACUCCUCCCGAGUAUUUGAGGACUGGAAGAGUAACACCAGAGAGUGUAGUUUACAGCUUCGGAACCCUGUUACUUGAUCUUCUUAGUGGGAAGCAUAUACCGCCAAGCCAUGCACUUGAUCUUAUACGAGGGAAGAAUCAUAUGAUGCUGAUGGACUCUUGCUUGGAAGGUGAUUUUUCUAACGAUGAUGGUACCGAAUUAGUGCGAUUAGCCACACGUUGCUUACAGUUUGAAGCUCGUGAGAGACCGACUGCAAAGUCCCUUGUGGCUGCACUGGCCCCUCUUCAGAAGCAAACAGAGGUUCCGUCCUAUACUCUAAUGGGCAUUCCACAUGGAACUGAAGCCGCCCAGGAAGCGAUAUCAUUGUCGCCUUUAGGUGAAGCUUGCUCAAGGCUGGAUCUUACUGCAAUACACGAGAUACUUGAAAAGGUUGGAUACAAAGAUGAUGAGGGCAUUGCAAAUGAGGUUGGUAAACAGUAUUGGAUGCUGACUUUCUCAGUUGAUUCAGAUCUGUGUGACAAAAAAUUAGUCUUUCUGUGGCUUAUGUCCAAUCUUUUAAUUUCUUUCCAAGGCUGUGAGGUAGACAAUGACAAUAACUGACUUCACUUAGAAUCUGUAGCCCAACAGUAUCAGCAAGGACAAUAUUGCCCCAUGUUAACAGAUACUUUUCUACACUUCUUAUACUAUCACCAAACUGGUGUUGUUCACACUGUUGAACUGAUGAUCCAUAUAGAGUUGGAUGCAGCGCUCUGCCUUUUCCCUCGACCGAGUAAUAAUGUGAUAAACCCUAUACCUUUGUGAACUUGCAGCUUUCCUUCCAGAUGUGGACAGAUCAGAUACAGGAGACACUGAACUGUAAGAAGCGUGGGGAUGCUGCAUUCCGAGCCAAGGACUUCUCAACAGCUAUGGACUGUUAUACACAAUUCAUUGAUGGCGGGACGAUGGUGUCCCCUACGGUAUACGCGAGGAGGUGCCUGUGCUAUUUGGUGGGGGAGAUGCAGCAAGAGGCACUUGGAGACGCAAUGCAAGCUCAGUCUGUAUCUCCAGAGUGGUCCACUGCUUUCUAUCUCCAAGCUGCUGCUCUCUUCAGCCUUGGAAUGGACAGCGAUGCACAAGAGACUUUGAAAGAUGGCGCAUCUUUGGAAGCUAAAACGCAUAGUAGGAAAUGAAAAAGAAACCAAGGGCAGAAAACAUUAGGAAGAGGAUAAAGAAAGAAAAGUGUACAGCCUUUUUGCUUUUUGCUCUGUUUCGUUUCAGAUGCUGGCCUUUUGAUGUCAAAAGGUUUCUUUCUUUGGCAUUGAAGAAUUUGAGGCACCACAGUUGAACAUCUUUUUAUUUAUUAAUGGCUCAAGUUGCAAUCUGGUGGAUUAGAUGUGUUGUCGUUCAAAAGGCGACCAAUGACGGUGAUUCUUCUCCUUUCAAUGUGCUGGCUGUGUCAUUAAAUACUAAUGGUGUACGGCUUUGCUUGAUAUGGAAGUUAGGGC